AUGGAUGUGGUCGAGAAAGCCAAUGCCGACAGACAAAAGAGGUGGAUUAAGGACAAAAAGGUUGGUGAGGGAACAUACGCCGUUGUCUAUCAAGGUCGAGAGGCCUCGACAGGAAGAAAGGUCGCCAUUAAAAAGAUAAAGGUCGGGCAGUUCAAGGAUGGUUUGGACAUGUCUGCCAUUCGCGAGGUGAAAUACCUGCGAGAGUUGAAACAUCAGAAUGUAAUAGAGCUCCUCGACGUGUUCUCGUCUAAAACAAAUCUCAACCUUGUCCUCGAAUUUCUAGAUUCCGACCUCGAAAUGAUCAUCAAAGACAGGUCCCUUGUUUUUCUUCCUGCGGACAUCAAGAGCUGGAUGGCUAUGACGUUCCGUGGUCUUGAGUUCUGUCACCGCAAUUGGAUACUGCAUCGUGACUUGAAGCCGAACAACUUGUUGAUAGCCUCAGAUGGGCAGCUGAAAAUUGCCGAUUUUGGUCUUGCACGAGAGUAUGCGGACCCAGGAUACAAAAUGACAUGUCAAGUCAUCACGCGCUGGUAUCGACCACCAGAAUUGCUCUUCGGUAGCCGUUACUAUAGCUCAGCAGUUGACAUCUGGUCCGUUGGCUGCAUUUUCGCCGAACUUAUGCUCCGAAUUCCAUAUCUUCCUGGCGAGAGCGAUAUGGACCAAUUAAAAACCAUCUUUCGGGCUCUUGGUACACCCACUGAGGAAGACUGGCCGGGACAUACCAAGCUCCCCGACUACAUUCCUGUUGGUCUAUUUCCAAAGACACCUUUGAGAGAUUUAUUCACUGCUGCGAGCGCGGAUACUUUAAAUCUCCUAAGCAAAUGCUUGAUAUUUGAGCCACGAAAACGCAUUAAUGCGAAAGAGGCGUUAUUCCAUCCAUAUUUUACCGCCCUGCCGUAUCCCUCCCACCCUUCCAAACUUCCAAAAUGUGCUAUACAGGUCGAGCGACCUUUAGAGGAGGUGGACGGCAACGUAGAAAUAGCACCUGCUGUGAAAGCAAGGAACAAUAUGUUGAAGCGCAAACUUUCCUCGCCAAGCGAAAAAGGGCGCUCAAUCGCGCGGCGGUUAGACUUCACUAAGCAGACACCUGGGUCAUGA